GUAGGAUCACUUGAUCGUGACGUCACGGAGGUCCUUUCAGAGGAUUGGAAAUAGCCGCUGCCCAUGUGGAACUAGCAAUGAAGCUACUGCCGGUGGAGAUACAUGGGAUUGGGAGCUGCAGCAGCAGCAGCACCAAGCUGCAGGGCAUGGAUUUCUGGAAAAACACCCUGCGGAGUGCUCGCUAUGUUCUGGCCCCUAUGGUGGAUCAGAGUGAGCUUGCAUGGAGGCUGCUGAGUCGGCGACACGGAGUCCAGCUGUGCUAUACACCCAUGCUGCAUGCUCAGGUGUUUGUCCGUGAUGCCAACUACCGCAAGGAAAACCUUUACUGCGAGAGGUGCUCAGAGGAUCGGCCUCUUAUUGUUCAGUUUUGUGCAAAUGACCCAGAAGUGUUUGUUCAAGCAGCAUUACUGGCUCAGGAUUAUUGUGAUGCCAUUGACUUGAAUUUGGGCUGCCCUCAAAUGAUUGCCAAAAGAGGUCAUUAUGGGGCUUUUCUACAGGAUGAAUGGGACCUUCUGGAAAAGAUGAUUCAGCUGGCUCACCAAAAACUUUCAGUUCCGGUCACCUGCAAAAUCCGGGUGUUCCCAGAAAUGGAAAAAACUGUGCAAUAUGCCAAAAUGUUGGAGAAGGCUGGCUGUCAGCUGCUCACUGUUCAUGGCCGCACAAAAGAGCAGAAAGGUUCACUUACCGGUAUUGCUUCCUGGGAACACAUCAAGGCUGUAAGGAAUGCUGUGAACAUACCUGUUUUUGCAAAUGGAAACAUUCAGUACCUUAAUGAUGUGGAAAGAUGCAUGCGGGAGACAGCAGUGCAGGGUGUAAUGAGUGCAGAGGGAAACCUACACAAUCCAGCUUUGUUUGAAGGGAGGAAUCCUGUAGUUUGGGAGAUGACAGAGGAAUAUUUAGAUUUAGUACAGCAGUUUCCCUGUUCCUUAUCAUUUGUUCGUGCACACCUCUUCAAGCUCUGGCAUCACACAUUGCAGGUUCAUCAGGAGCUUCGUGAAGAACUAGCAAAGGCUAAAACAUUCGGAAGCGUCAUGGCAGUCAACCGGGAAUUAAAGCAGAGGUGCCAGGAAGAAGCACGUAAUCAAAAGGUUGGAGAGGUGGCUGCUGGUGAUUUGCCAUUACCACAUUGGAUCUGCCAGCCUUAUGUUCGUCCAUUACCAAAAGACCCCAGUAAAGAGGACAGUGGAAUUCGAGGAAAGCGGGCACUCGAGGAGGAGGAAGACAAAAAUACAGCACUUCUUUCGAAAAACAAGCAGAAGAAGAAGCUGCGCAAUCCAAACAAAAGCUUUGACUCAUCCAUAAAACCUAAAUAUGCAAAAUGUGAACAGUGUGGAAACCCAAAGGGCAAUAAGUGUGUGUUUUAUCUGUGCCGUAGCUGCUGCAAGAAGAAAGCAUACAGGGAGUUAGCUGACUGUGCAGGUCACGGGCUGUUUUUUAAAACCAAAUAUGAGAAAUCCCUUCAGUGCAAAAGUGUCCAGAAUGUGGAAGUUCCUGAGACAGAGUCGAAGAUCCUUCAGCCACCCCCCAAGAUUAAAGCUUAAAUACCUUGGACUACCUUUGGCUGCUGCCAGUGGGAUGCUUUCCUGCUGCCUACUCAGGGAGAUGUUCUGGGUUUACCAAUUGUGUCCUGAAUUGUGGGGAGGGGACAUAAUGAUACAUGGCAUGGUACACAACACUUUUGCACUUGACACUUUUAAUCGUUUUAAGCGUUAAAGAAUUUUUUGACUAGAGGGAAGUGGUUUUUCCUUUUUUUAAACCUGCUGGAACACAAGGAGUGUUGUUGCUCUUUUUAUACAAAUGGUGUAUAGUUUGCGGCCUUGUAAGUGUUGUUUACAUACAACAAUAACAAGCCAGUGUUCUCAGCUAACUGGAUGAAGGGACUAGCGUUUUAAUGGAAUAUUGUCGUAUGUUUUAAUUGGCUAAUGUAUCUUUUCAAAUAAAGUUUUUGGCUACUUUUCCUGGAUUGGCA